AUGGAUGCGGUAAAUGAAGAUCCACCGCGAGAUAUUAUAUUAAAUGUGAAGUUUAUCAAAGGUAGUGAACCAAUUCUGAUAGACGACGAAGAGAAAAGGUGCAAGUACGACGGAUAUCCACCUGGAUACAACAAAGUGUUCGAGUAUAUCUACCCACCAGUAGAAUGGAUGGAAGACGGCAUGAAGUGGCGGCGGGUCGCGUCCACCGAGCCGGCCGAUCGGAAUCAUGUGAUAGCUCUGGCCCAAGACCUCAAGUCCAACUUAUCGUACUGGCAUGCCAGAAUGCACGGAGUGUGUCUGGUCAGGAGAGAAUUGUACACGCAGUGUUUCAAUGAACUGAUACGACAAGUGUGCGUAAAUAGCAUUGAUCGAGGCGAAUUGUUAAUCAAAAUUCGAAACGAAUACAAUGCAAGCAUAACGGCUCAUAAACGUUUAUUUGAAAGCGGUUUAAUAUUUAGAAUUAAACAUACUACAUUGGAUGAUCACAAAGAUGACGUGACAGAAAAGGAUAUACAGGAUAUAGAAGACGAACAUGUUAAAUUAAAAAAAAAAUUGGUCGAUGCAAACAAUAAGUACAAUAUAUUAAAAAUUGAUUUAAAAAAAGAAUUGAAUAAUUUGAAAGAUGCUAACCAACAUGAAUUAAACUUCUUCAAUAGAAACCAUAAAGCAUUAAAAGAUCAACUCGAUUUGAUACUUUCAAUGAAUACAUGA